AUGGGUCAUCGUCCUUACCCUGGAACAGCCUUAAGCUUUGUUCGGGACGAUGAAAAUGCUAUUUUUGUGGACAGGCAUUAUGAUAACAGAGAUUUAACUGAAUUGAGGAAUAUACUCGAUCGUGUGCCAGAUAUAGCUCUAGUAAUUUAUGGAAGUUCAGCAUGGAAUGGUUUCCAUACAUUCUUUCUUCCAACAAAUAAAGCAUUCGCCAAAGUGAUUGAUCGAAAUCGUGUGGAUCGUGAGGUUUUGUUGGCUCAUGUUUCUGGAAUGAAUCGCGUGGGUGAGCUUAAAGUUUUAAUUCAAAUAUGGAUUCUGGGGAGUUGUCUCGGGUUUUAUUCACAUACCCUUGGCUAUUUGAUGGAGGAAUUCACUUUUAUCCUUCAAUUAGGCAGAUUUUCUUCAAAUAUAAUUGAGGAUAAUUACAAACUUAAAUUGAGUAUGAGAAAUAUUACCGAUCAUAGAACUGGCAAAUGGGAUUUGUAUGCAGUAUCAACCAUUUAUGAGCGUUAUGGAGAAUUUAGAAGAGGGGCUGUAUGGGCCAAAAUACUUGUUCCAAAUAUUCCUGUACAAAACGGAGUUGUGCAUAUUGUUGAUAAUGUUCUCGGGAUAGUAACUAACACAAUUGAUCAGAUGCUUAUGGACAAUUAUCGAUGUACAACUUUAAUGAGGUAUAUGGCUACUAUUGGACAGGUUUAUAAUUUCUUAAAAAUUUGGUAUUUUUUAAAGAUUGUCAGAAAUUACAUGUCAGCAACUGGAGGUCUUGUAACCUUUUUUGCUCCAUGGAAUGAAGCCUUUGAACGCAUUCCUGAACCAAUUGAAAGAAGAUUGUUGAGGGAUAGAAUUUGGUUGGAACAAGUUCUUAAAUUACACAUUAUCCCAGCAAAGGAAUUGGUUAGUGAAGAAAUUACAAAUGAUACAAUAAUUGCUACAGUGGACAAUAUGAGACAUUUAUAUUUUUCAAAAACUGAAUGGCCUAAAAAUAAUAUAACUUAUUAUGUUAUUGGUGGAGGAAUUCGAACAGCUAUACAAAUGGAGGAUGUAACAGCAACAAAUGGAAUAAUUCAUUACAUUGAUAGAGUAUUGGGCGUCCCCUAUCAGUCCCUUUGGGAAGUACUUCUUAAUGAAACUAGGGCCCAUCAAUCGAUGGAAAUGCUAAAUAAUUUACAGCUUAAAUACACUCUCGACCCGUGGCAAGUGCUUACUCCAGAACAGAAUAUGACCUUCUUUGUGCCGAUUGAUGAGGCUUGGGAUAAGGUCAGCCCGUCGAUGAAGAAUCGAUUACUGGACGGAAAUCAUUGGCAAGCAUUGCAAUAUGUUUAUAAGCGGCACAUUCUCCAAGGACAGGCACUUAUGUAUACAGAUUUGCGUGAGAGAACUUAUGUGAUGAUGAAUGAUGAAAAAGUGAUUAUUAGACGGCGUGGCAGAUAUUUUGAACUUUACUGGCCGAGAGGUAAUCGAGUGGCAAGAAUUAUUGAAGGAGGUGAAAUUGCUGGAAUUAAUGGAUUUAUGCAUUUAAUAGAUGGGGUGCUUGUUUAUGAACCAGAUCUUCGAGCUGGUUCUGCAAUUGUAUUAAUUGACAAUCAAUUGUUGUUAUUUUUGAUAUUUUUAAUUUUAUUUUGGUGA